AAACUAUUCUGAUUAAAAGCAAGAUGUAAAUUAAUAAUGAUUGACUCGAUUGCAUAUACCUGCAAUACAACAACGUUUUUCAAAUGUUAUUGGUAAUUUUAAUAUGUCGAACGUUAAUAUUCGGAACAUUAAAUUUUCAAGUGUAUAUAUAUAACAUUAAAAUUACCAAUGACAUUUGAAAAACGUUGUUGUAUUGCAGAUAUAUGCAAUCGAGUCAAUCAUUAUUAAUUUACAUCCUGCUUUUAAUCAGAACAGUUCACAAUAGUUUAUAAUUAUUAUAUAUAUAUAAUUAUAACGUCUAACGUUUUAGCUUUAAUUAAAUAAUGAAAACAUUAUAUCAUUGACAAGUUUAAUAUUACUCACUAAUUAUACUAAUUGAUAACUUUUAUUAAGUUUCCUUUAUUCUUGCAAGAAUUUAUUUUUUGCAUUAUCUAAACAAUAAUUUUGUAAUCAUUAAAAAAAAAAUCAAAUCUUAACAAAUUUUGAAAUUAAGAAAUUGUAUUUAUGAAACAUUUUUCUAGAUAGCGAUUAAUUCUUGACUGGUAGAUAUAUUUGAUAAGUGUUUUUACGACACUUAUAUUACGACAUUUUCAGUUAUUCUUGCAGGCGUAAAGUAACCCUCGUAAAUAAGGUCUUAUAUUGUUACCUUUCUUCUUUAUUGUUGACGAUUCUUGUGGGGUCGGCAGCCGAUUCUUACGUGCCUUCUUGCGCAAGAACGAGACGCGCCGCCGGUAAAAGUAUCUUCCGAAGGGGCAGGCAUCAAACCCCCUACUGCCGGAAUCGUCGCCGGCAUUGCGCUCGCGCAGGGUUGAGCGCGCGUGUCCGUGUUCAUCGUGCGGUAUAUACGCGAUGUGGAGCAGUAGCACCGGCACCACCAUCAGCACCAGCCAGCAUUCAGCAGCAGUAGCCGCGGCGUGGCUGAAGGGGUUUCCCUGAUGCCGAUGUGUUAAGUUUGUCGUGGAGUGUCGUGUCCGAUCGUCGUCAGUCCGAUCGGUUCGCGUUAUCCUCGACGUGCCUGGUGCGGGGUGCUUCGGGUUUUACCGCGACGGGAAAAAAAAAAAAAAAGAAAGAACUGGCCCGACUCGACGUAGCGGCGAACUUUCCGAAGUCCUCGUCGAGUGGGCGCAUUGAGAUCGGGUUCUGUUUCUCAUACCCGGAGUUUCGCAGGUGCGCGAUUUUCGAUUCUUCUUUUUCCAAGGGAGGAUCCGACGUAGGAUCUUGUCGUAAGUUCGCGCGUGAUCAGCCGGGACAAGUUGCAGCACGAGUUCUUGCUUUCUUCGUUCUUGUUCUCUCGGAACGAUUGUCGCUCCGAGGGCAAAAAGAAGUUCGGGAUCGGUUCAUCGCUCGGGUAUGUUCUCGUGUUACAUGUCGAGCAAUGUGUAGAGGAAGAUUGGAGAACUUGAAACUGACGACGGCGAGGGUUGACGGGUCACGUGAUCUCAAAGUUUUCUUGACAGACAUUUGAUUCCGAAUUCAUAAUCUUGAUCAAUACGUUCGUAUCCAAUGUGCUAAUGUAUCAAUGAUUUUGCAGCUAUACCGUAAUUGAAAUUUCUCGCGAUUCUGGCGAUUGACCGUAAACGUAAACGGUGCUUAUUUGUUAGCCUUUGCGUUUAGUUUUAAUUAUUUUGAAAAUUCAUUAUUUUUUACGUUUAGUACAUUUUAUUGCGUUAUAAAAGCUUUUCUCUAUAAAAUUUAUGUAACGCAAGACACUAUUAUUUAAAUAUUAUUGUGACAUUUAUACUCGAGAACUAGAAUGGCCUUUAUCGUUGUUUUAGCAAUGUCAAAUCUUGGAUCUGAAUCGCUUUCAGAAUUACUCACGCAAUCGUGAGUAAUUUCAACGACCUAUCGAUUUACUGAAUAUCGUUCGCGUUUCCGUUUGAUUUAAUGUUACUAUCGUAAUGUCACCAUCCUCAGGCAGUUUUUCUACAUUAAUAAAUAACGGAGCGUACUUUAUGCUGUUACGUUAUCGCGUGAUAAUGACGCCUGAUGCGCGCAAUUCUUAUGCUAUAAAAGAAACUUGCGUUCUCUUUCUCGGCAUUGAUUAACGAUUCGACACCCGUUUGGCUCAAGCAUGAAUUCGUACGAAAUCCGGUGGCGUGCGGAUCGUUCGAUAGAUUUAUGACGUACAUUGACGAUCGUUUGCUCGGCGACCGCUUGUCCCGGAAGUAUAAUAUUUCCGAAUCGAUCGUACGUCGCCGAUCAGAAGCCACGAAUAAUCGUGUUGUCACCGGCGUGUACCGUACGCAUGAUUACGCCGAUAAAUCUUUGCCGCUCGGUGUAAAGUGCAGAAGCAGAAAUAUUCUCCUAUUCGGGAGAAGCGACAAAAUUUAAAUAUUUUCGACGGAUCCAAGAAUAUUAUUAAAUAUUAGGAUAUUGGUAAUGAUAGAGUUGAGAUAUUAUUUUUGAGAUAACUGUUAGAAUAAUUUGAUCAGUUGCGCAUAUUUUUUGUUUUUUUUAAAUUCCAGUUAGAUAAAAUACAGAUAGAUUCCGGACGGUAUCCGUCCGGAAGCUUUUCUUGUUGAUAUUAUUAAUGAUCGUAAAAGAGGCCUAAAGUAGUUAGAUUUAUUUUUUUAAUUGUAAAAGAAAAACAAUUGAAUUCUUAUUUCUAUUAGUUUACAAUAAACCAGAUUUUACACAAAAAAAGAUUUGAGAAAAUAUUUUAAAUUUAGAAAUGUUUCGUAUGUUUCUUUUUUUAAAGAUACAGAUACAUAUACAGAUUUUUCAAGUAAUGUAAAUGGAUUUAAGCUCUUUUUAUCAAGAACACUAAGAAAUCACGCGGCUGCACCGUUGAUGCUAUUGGCGCUAAUCACUCAUUCUGUCCGACGAAACCCGUCGCCGUCCGUAAACAUAAUUGAAAAAUACCAGAGGGCAAAAUAACGCACGGAGUGCUCCGGCACACCGAUCCAUUUUAGCACGGUGAAAACAACAACGGUUGACAACAACGGUGAUUUUCUACGCGAUUUUGUAAUUCGACGAGAGGAGACCGUCGCAUAAGUGCAGUGAAACAAAUGUUUCACGGACAUCCGGACAUCGCACUGGUAGCACCGUCGACCCAUCGAUAGUCGGAGGCGCGGUCAAAGGUGAUUCGAAGAUCGUCGACGAUAUGUCCCCGGGAAUCCACGGACUUCCGUGAAAAAAUUAGCUUCGGAACUUGAAGUGAAUAUUGACGGAAAAAUGGCGGACCGACAGAAAAGGAGUCGAUACCUGACCAUCAGUAUACUGCACAUUAUCACAAUAAUGUGCCAAGCGCUCUCCGAUCCGCCAAUAUUUGCCGAGCCGAUACCAAAUGUCACAGUGGCGCUGGGAAGGGAUGUCAGCCUACCCUGUGUCAUCGAAAAUCUCGGAAGUUACAAGGUGGCGUGGAUCCAUGUUGGCCGCCAAAUGCUGCUCACUAUUCACAAGCAUGUGGUCGUGAAAGUACCUAGGUUUUCCGUGUCACAUGACAAUCAGAAAACAUGGCUACUUCAUAUUAAUAGUGUGCAACAGGAUGACCGGGGUUAUUAUAUGUGCCAAGUAAAUACCAAUCCAAUGAUAAGCCAAGUAGGCUUUCUUCAAGUCGUUGUGCCACCGAAUAUAUUGGAUUCCCUCUCUACGGAGAGCACUGUGGCAGUACGAGAACAUCAGAAUAUUACUCUCACAUGCAAGGCUGAUGGAUAUCCGCCGCCGAAAUUAAUGUGGAAGCGAGAAGACGGCCAAGUAAUAAGCAUUAACAAACAUCACAAAGUGCCCCUGUAUGAUGGCGAGCAAUUAAACUUGACGAGGAUCACACGCGCUGAAAUGGGCGCUUACCUCUGCAUCGCGACCAAUGGUGUGCCGCCCACGGUCAGCAAGAGGAUCACCGUGGAUGUCGAAUUUUCCCCAAUGAUCUUCGUGCCGAAUCAGCUUGUCGGUGCGCCAACUGGCACCAACGUAACGAUCGACUGUCACACAGAAGCUUAUCCCCGUGCCAUGAGCUACUGGUUUCUGGGAGAUGAGAUGAUUCUCUCCAAUGAGAAGUACUCCACGAAUAUCAUGGAGAACAGCUACCGCGCGCACAUGAGACUCACCAUCAGAAACUUGACAGCGAGUGACUUCGGUAGCUACCGGUGCAUUAGCAAAAACUCGCUGGGCGAGACGGAGGGAUCCAUCAGAUUAUACCCUAUUCCGAAGCCAUCGGCGGCACCGAAGGCGACGGAGAUCAAGAGCAGCGCCAACAAUGAAGGACGACCGAGCACGCCACCGCCAGCAAAAAGGCUGACCACCGUGUGGCCCUCGUCGUACAACCCCUACUAUCCGAAAAGGACAGAGAGACCACCUCAGCCGAGUGAGGAGAGGGUCGAGAGGCCCGAGCAGAAACUACGAGGUGGCGAAAGUACAGGAAGCGCAUACAUCAUCAGAUGGAGUGCGCCUCAGCUGAUGGUCGUGGCGGUGCAGUACAUUCUCACGGGGCCCUACAUGCCCCCCUACGUACCGCAGACAGCGAAUUAAGACGUCCGUCGCGCCGGAAAAGAACCACCGUCGCGUUCACCCCGUUCGCCCCCGAGGAGGAAGGGGGUCGUAACGGCGACGCGGCGGCGAGGAGAGGAGGAGCCGGGGGAAAACACACGAGCUGGUUCCUAAAAUAUAGUAUAUCGCCGCGUAUCUUUCGCGGGGAAGCGCGCUUUUUGCGGAAGCCGCGUCGAGCGCACGGAUUACGGAGCACUGAUGGAACACAGGAAAUGUGCUCGCGAAACGGGUAACUGGUUUACGACCGACAGACACGCUAAUCUACCCCGAUCUGAAAUGGAUUCCGAUUUUAUUUUAUGUACCGCUACCCGCCGAUCGAACGGUCGAUCGUCGCGAAUCGGAUUGAGAGAUUUUUCACAACGACAGCGAAGUAUUACGUCAUUUUAUUCUUAUUAAACGGCACUCUCCCGCCGAUGGUACGCUGAAAUACCUGGCUGUGCUCGAUGAAGUCUGUUCUUCGUUAUGGACGUCGUAUAAUUCUUCAUAAAAUCAUUUUCACGCGCGGAAUCGAUAAGCUGCUGUGCUCCGCUCUUGGCUACAUCAAAGUUUAAAAUUUUAACGGACAGCUAGAAAGAGUAUACCGACGAUACCGGCGUGUAUUAAUCGUCAAUCCGCGAUUAAUAAGCCCUAAAUAUUAAUGUAUCGUUACGGAUCGCGUUACGGAUACAUUUGAAAGUAUUUGAAAUCAUUUUGAACAAAGAUGAUAAAAUAUUCGAAAGCUUAUUUAUUGAGUUACAUAACGUCGUACCUUCUGUGAUAGCUCUUGCAAUUCAACCUAACACUUUUCUCUUAUUAUUAACGCGGUACACACAGCACUGUGUGUCACAUGUGAUACGAUUCGAAAAUCACGGAGAUUGUUGAAUUAUUUGCUUCAGAUGUAUAUGUUUCUGGCGGAUCAAAUGCCGUGAUAUUGUGUUCAAUAAACUCAAGAUAAAUAUAUUAUUCCUUUCCGUCUCAAGGAUCGUUGUUCCGUAAUAUAAAAAUAAUGUGAAAAAGAGAAUAAAGUUUAAUCCAACAAAAUUGUGUUUUCUCAACGUGUAUAGAUUUACGUAUAAAUCGACGCACCUCGAGACCAGCACGUUAUAUGCAAUAAGGAGGCGUCCAAAAGGUCUCUCCAGAGAACUAGGGGGAAAAUUUGAUUAAUGCCUCGGCACGUAAAAAAUGGCGCGGUCGCGAACUCCUCGAAAUAGCAAGGGCGACAAGAUGAACGUAAGAGUCAUCGAGAAUUUUUCGUGGACCGAAAAAGAACUACGUAAUAUAAUCUCGCAUGCCUUCGACAAAAAUUCACUAAAAACUCUAAUAAAAUUGUAGCGGAAUUACGAGGUGAAAUGCGCCCCUCGUCAGGACUGAAAAAUAUCUCAAUCGUCCUACGUUAUGCGCGAAUAAAUAUGUAGGUGUCACGCAUUACAAUGCAUCCCU